AUUGUCCUUGGCUUCUCAGAAGCAAGCAACCGCCAUAUAGAACGCACAGAGAAGAAGAAAGAAGAAGAAGAAAAAGAAGAAGAAGCAGCAGCCAUCUUCAUCAUGUGCUGCUCUGAAGACUGUAGAUGCAGGCCUCUAGGGUUUCUGCUAGGCCUUCCCUUUGCCUUCUUAUCUCUCCUUCUCUCUCUUAUUGGUGUAGUUAUCUGGAUCGUUGGGUUGAUAUUAUCAUGUAUAUGCCCAUGUUGUCUGUGUGUGACCAUCAUUAUUGAGUUCGCUCUCGCUCUUAUCAAGGCUCCAAUAUUGGUCAUGGAGUGGUUUAUCUCCAAGAUUCCAUGUUAGACAUUUGGUGCAACUAUGGCUCGAUUACAGUCAAGGUAUUAAAAAUUUUGAAUUGGUUAUUGAAUCAUUCAAGGCACUGUUUUAUAAUUAAACUUGGUCGCAAACAAAACAUUUCAUUGAAUGAUUUAUUAGUAUAGCCAAUUAAAUUGACUCAAUUUUUAAUACUAUGACUAUAAUCAAGAGUGUUCAAAGGGCAUUGUAUAGCUGAAUUUUCAUUUAUAUAUUGUUUUUGUCCUAAUUUUGUUGGAUUGUUUUGUCCUAAUUUUGUUGGAUUGCUUUCAUGUAGUCCACCUUAAUUUUGAUGUUGCGUUUAGUGAUUUCUCUCGUUCGUUAUACUUUAUGACUUUUCACCUUUCCGUGAAUGUAAUUUAAUUCCUUUUUUUUUUGUCGUUUAAUUAUAUUGCUUGUCGCCAUAAGAAAGGAGUUAGAGGGAGCCUAUGAAACCAACAAUUUUUUUGAGAGAAUGACCAAUAAAUCUCAAGAUGGUCAAUUAAUUCAACUUGAAUCUCAAGUGUAAAAUUUCAUAAAUUUACAAGGUGGUUAUCAAUUUUAUAAUUUUAUUAUGAUGAAUUUGCAAUUUGUGUUUCAAAUUUUAAUAGGAAAAAAAUUAUUUAUUUUUCAAUCAUAUUAAAAUUUAAAAAAUAAGUUGUAAAUUUAUUACAACAAAAUUAUAAAAUUGAGAGCUAAACUUGCAAAUUCAUGGAAUUUGACACUUGAAAUUUAAAUUAAAUUAAUUAGUCGUUUUGGUACCUCUCAAUUAUUCUCCCCAAUUUUUUUUUGCUGGAAAACAAAUACAAUUUUUUUAAUAAUGUACGUAUAUUGUUGUCAU